UCAGCAGAGGUCGGCAAUAAGGUCGUGAAAGUGGGACGGGCUUAACUUGUGUUUCUGGAACUACAGACACCCAAGCAGAGGGAAGGCGUUCCACCAAAGUGCUGAUAAAGUUUUAGUUUGUCUGCCUCAUUGUUCGUUCUUAACCGCUGUGACGUGAUUGUUCCAGAUAUUUUCCAGUCUAACACAGUAGCUUGGGGCUUGUGGCAUUUGCGAUGUUGGAGUAAGUCAAGCUGGACUUUCCGGUUUUGGGUGUGCUGAUGCUGAAUGUUAACAUUUAGCAGGAGUGUGUCCAGUGUUCAUGUUGCUGUCUGGAGGAACGAGCAGCCACACAACCCGCAAUGCUGCAAAUGGAACGGAAUAAGGUAGAAUGAAAAAGAAACAUCCCCAUGUCUGACCUAACGAUGCAAGGUACAUCUGCUACAUCGUGAGCGGAUGAUAGACGACAGGAUGAAGAUGCGGCGACACCGUGUAGUUCUGAUGUUGUGUAUGGCGGGACUCUGCCUCAUCUCCUUCCUGCACUUCCUCAAGGCCCUGUCGUACAUCACCUUCUCCCGCGAGCUGUCCGCCUUCAGCCCCUCCCUCAGGUCCAUCUUCGUCGACUCGCACCUCUUCUGGAAGCCGAACGAGGGUGAGGAUGCCAGCUCGGGCCUGGCGCUGCAGACAUCGCUGGGCGGCCACCAGGGAGGCUGGCCGUACUUGCACCGGGCCCAGUUCCAGCUGAAAGACGAUGAGACCGAGUACUUCAUACGGACCAAGGCGGGAGCCAUUUGCUUUAAACAGGGGACCAAAACGGAGAACAGGAUGGCGGGGUCCAUGGAGGGAGGGGUGGCCUGGGCCCGCGGUUCUCUGGACAAGCCACUGACGCACAAGGCGGUGGGUUUGGGGGUGGGUGGGAGACCGAGACGUCGGUGGGUGGGGUGCCCUUGCUUGCCCGGCUGGCACGGGCCCUACUGCGGAGUUCCCACCAUGGUCCAGCACUCCAACCUGCCGACCAAGGAGCGCCUGACUCCCCGGGCGGUGCCGCGCCGGGUCAUCAACGCCAUCAACGUCAACCACGAGUUCGACCUGCUGGACGUGCGGUUCCACGAGCUGGGCAGCGUGGUCGACGUCUUCAUCAUCUGCGAGUCCAACUUCACCGCCUUCGGCGACCCCAAACCGCUGCGGUUCGCCGAGAUGCUCCUGAACGGGUCGUACGGCUACGUGGCCUCCAAGGUGCUGUACGUCUUCCUGGACCACUUCCCCAGCGGCGGCAGGCAGGACGGCUGGAUCGCCGACGACUACCUGCGCACCUUCCUCACCCAGAACGGGAUGAGCCGCAUCGCCAACCUCCGCGACGACGACAUCUUCCUCAUCGACGACGCCGACGAGAUCCCCGCCCGCGACGGCGUGCUCUUCCUCAAGCUCUUCGACGGCUGGACCGAGCCGCUCGCCUUCCACCUCCGCAAGUCCCUCUACGGCUUUUUCUGGAAGCAGCCGGGCAGCCUGGAGGUGGUGUCGGGCUGCACCGUGGCCAUGCUCUUCAUGGUGUACAACGGCGACGGCAUCAAGCUGAGGCGCAGGGAGUACUACCUGAUGCCAAACUUCCGCAAGUACGAGAACAGCACCGGGCACAUCCUGGUGCCCUGGUCGGUGGGCAGCCCGCUUCACUUUGCCGGUUGGCACUGCUCCUGGUGCUUUCGGCCCGAGGGCAUCCGCUUCAAGCUGCUGUCCGCCCAGAACGGAGACUUCCCCCGCUGGGGCAACUACCAGGAGAAAAGGGAUCUGAGCUACAUCCGGGAGUUGAUCCAGACGGGAGGCUGGUUCGAUGGCACUGAGCAGGAGUACCCCCCCGCUGACCCGAAGGAACAGAUGUACGCCCCCAAGUACCUGCUGAAAAACUACGGCAGGUACAAGUACUUGCUGGAGAACCCUUACUUGAAAGAGAGCUGGGGCCAGGGGCCGAGGAGAGCUGUGGACACGUACAAUCAGACCGGGGGGAUCACAUAGUGCCACCAGCAAGCAGCAAGUGCAACACUGGAGGGUCAGGUCACUGUGCAUCAUCUACUGUCUGGCAUCUUGCCACUACCUGUGGGUUCUGGAAGCUUCUCCGAACUGCUCCCAUCGAGGCCACACUGCACCCGCACUUUCUCACCAACCUUGACGUUCCCAGCCAUGUCCGUCUGCCUGGGCCAAGCUGCUUUCUGGUUUUGUUUUUCCUCUCUCAGUUCUGCUUCAGGUUUACUUCCACGUUCCAAGUUCAUUCUUUGUCCACAAUGGUUCUGUGACUGAGGUGCGGUGCGCCAGCCACAUUGCCAGCGAGGGAGUCUCUCUCUGCUGCAGAGCACCGGCAGAGUCUGCAGUGGUGGCGAGGUGCUGUGCUGAGGGAGAGUGGGGAAGGUGUACGGAGCUCUGACCCAGUCUGGAUGUAGCAUUUCUUCGGUUCAAGCACUUUCUGUACAAAAAUGUGACUCGGCCAAGCUCGUCCUCAGGCCAGUGGGUGGUGAUGAUAGCAGAGGAUGGGGCCGGGGGGGGGGGGGGGAAGCGAGGGCAGGGGAAUGGAUUUGAGUCAGUAACUCAGGGACAGGUACGAUGACCGAUGAGCUUCCCGCGGGGCUGCUCCUUCCCGCUGAGCUACCGAGUAGUCAGAGGGCAAGCAGAGGCAGGCGUUACGGGUCGUGAGAGAGACCAGGAGUGCAUGGGAGGAGAUGGGAAUUUGGGGGGAGAGGGGAUGGGUGAUUGAGCACAAUAAGAGGGUGGAGGGAAGGCACAGUGAGUGGGUGCGUGCUGUUAAGCAAGCUUGUCCGUGCAGGGUGCUGCAUGUGGCAGCAGGGGUGUAAAAGGCCCAGUGCACUAACCCUGGGACAGACCUGGAGCAACUUGGCAUCAAUCGAAGAACUUGCCUCGGCUCGCUCACUCCAACUGGACGUGCGGUCCGAGCCGUUCAACGGUCCAAGCCGCGUCUGUACCGUGGAGUGGCGGCCUGAGGGGAGAGGGGAGGUGGGGUGGAGUGAGAGGAGAUGGGAUUA